UUCUGGUGUGGGGACGGACGACAUAGGCAGUUGCACGGAAGUGUGCUUGCUGAUAUUGGUUCCCCUUGGUGUGUGUGUGUGGUGGUGGUGGGGAUACGUCCGGUGCCAGGAAAGCAUGGCUGCGGUACCCCCCGACACUUGGCAGCCACCCACUGUUUCUGUGGAGACAACUAUGGGUAUCAUAGUUGUGGAGCUGUACUGGAAGCAUGCGCCCAAGACCUGUAAAAAUUUUGCUGAACUGUCGAGGCGAGGCUAUUACAAUGGCACAAAGUUUCAUAGAAUAAUAAAAGACUUCAUGAUCCAGGGGGGAGAUCCAACAGGAACUGGAAGGGGAGGAGCAUCCAUCUAUGGCAAGCAAUUUGAAGAUGAGCUUCAUCCAGAACUGAAAUUUACAGGUGCAGGAAUCCUUGCUAUGGCGAAUGCAGGACCGGAUACGAAUGGCAGCCAGUUCUUUAUAACUUUAGCACCCACCCAAUGGCUUGAUGGGAAGCACACUAUCUUUGGUCGUGUGUGCCAAGGAAUUGGGAUAAUCAACAGAGUGGGCAUGGUGGAAACCAACGCACAAGAUCGUCCAGUAGAUGAUGUAAAGAUUUUGAAAGUUUACCUAUCAGGCUAGUCUAGAAAAAAGACAGUCACAAUAAAUCUAGUUUCAUUCCGUCAUGCUCUCAGUCUCUUGGAAGAUCACCCAUCAUGUUGUCCAAGAGAUGUUACCCAGUCACUUAAGUACUAAAUAGUAUCUUCAGAAUUUAUAAUUAAAGUUUUUUUUUUAAAAAAUGUCAAGUUAAGUUCAUCAAAAAAGGUGUGGGGGGGAAUGCAUUGGAUUAUUUGAAAAAAGAAAUACUACCAAACAGCAAUGGUGUAAAUUUUAUUCAGCCUAUCACUCUUAGUUUAACUGGAAUGCAGCAGGACACCUGCAUUAAUGAGCAAAGAGCAGUUGAUGUACAAGAAAGAUGCAAACAUGAAGUCUAGUAUUCAUGUGCAUCAUCGAAAAAGCCUCUUAACUUGGCAUGGUGUAUAGGUGGAUCUGAAGCCUGUGUUAAGAGUACUCUCCUACACUUCUUUCCAAUGUAUAAUUCCAGCAUAUCAAGUUUGCAAGAUUCUAUAAUAGUGUACAUGUAUAAGCAAUUCUAGGAUCUAACUAUAUGACUCGUGAUUCCAGUUUCUCUAUACGGUACAGGGAAACUAGAUGACCUUGUUUGUUUAGUUCUGUUUGAUCCAGAAUAGGAAAAAAAUGAUCCAGGGUUUGGGUUGGGGCAGAUAUGCUAGGGGACAAUUUCUCACAGAAGAAAACAAUAAUCUAUUUUCAUGUUUGAAGGAUGGCUGCAGGGCAGAGGUAUCUAGCCUUGCAAAAUUAGGACUAGAGUACUUUCUUAAUAGUUGUAUAGAGAUGUUGAUAAUCACAGCUUGUCACAUUGCAAUACAGCAGGGUUUUGAAAGCUGCAGCUAUCCAAAUUUUCCCAUCUGUGCAACUAUCAAAGGUAUAGAAACCCUACUCUUGGAAGAUCAGCUGUCCCUUCUGAAGUGUGUGUUGUUUACAAACUUAUACCACACUCUAUUUUGGAAGAAACCAAACGUGCAUGCAACUCAAAAUAAAAGCAGAGUUAACAGUAAUUGUUGAUUCUGUGCACAUUCUCAAGACAAAGCGGAGCUACUGUAAAUUCCUCCUUAAAGUACUCCUCCGUACUGUAAAGUCCUCCUUAAAUUCAUUCUGCCAACAGUUGUUCCAUACAGUAAGGAUAAAGAGUUCUAAAUCCAAUAUGUUGGAUUUUUGUAAUCAGCAAACUGGCUUGAUAAUAGUGGGGUGCUGACUUCAAAUUGUGCUUGGCUAUGUCAGCACAUGGUUUCCAUGGCACACUCAGUGGCAAGUCACUCUGGAUCCUCCGCUCUUGCAUCUCUUUGGUCGUAACUCAGGAGUGUUCUUUGGCAUUACAUGGCAGAAUACAGCAUGAGAGAAGCUUGCAAAAGGGUGGCAAUAUCCUGCAGCAGCAAUCUUUUGUCACAGGAUAAGACAAAAGGAUGCAACAACCCAAUAAAAUAGUCACCAUCACUCCAACUGCUCAUGUCAUGUGUCCAGGUUAGUUCUAUGACUGUUAGUAGCCUCUGUGCUGGACCCACUAGACUUCCAACUGAACUUCUCUGAUUGUCAAAGUAGCAUUUGAGCUUCACAUUGUUGUCAGACAUCUGGUUUGUUUAGCUCAGUUCUAAAUGGCUAGAUAGAGUUGCAAGCCCUUAAGCUCAAUCUCUUUCAAGAGCCAGAGUUAUGUGGGUGGAAUAUUUGUGUGAAGGGGCAGUUAUAGCCUGCCUUUUCCUAAGACAACACUGAGUAGUAGUAAUAUUAACCUGUUGUAGAUGUGCAGGCUUAUGCCUGCUGAUGAAGAAGAGUGCAGCUUUUUCUAUAAAAAUACAGUACUUUAUGCUAGGGUGGCACAUUUACCGCUAACACUUCACAGAAUGGUGAAUUGCUGCUGUGUUCAUGCAAGACCUCUCUAAAUAUGCUUUCAGCAGAUCACAUAAUUUUUCUACUCUUCCUUCAAAAGAUAAACAAAUCUUUCCCCAGUAACUGGGCUAAAUUCAAUAUGAUAUUAUUAAAUGGUUUGAAAAACAAUACAAUUGUUGGUAGCAAACAGGCAAAAGGAUUUACAGCUUCAUGGAAAGGGCCGUAGCUGACAUCCUGACUACCAAAGCGCUCAAGUGUAAAGAGGGACUGUGAGGGUGCAAAGGGAACUCACGCACCACUCGCUCGGUUCUUCUACAUGUGUGGUGUUGCACAAGUGGUAGAAACGUCCCUACUCUGCUCACAUUCUGGAAGAGAGUAAGCAUGUUGCUGAGUGAUUCUGGAACACAGGCAGGGAUGUUUCUACCAUUUGCACAAUAGUGUACAUGUAGAGGGACCGGUGGGGUGGGGAGUUGCACAAAAGUUCCAGUCGUGUUCCUGAAGUCCCUCUUUACAGAUCCAUUUCAGUAAUCAGGGUGUCAAUGGGAGGCUGUCUUCCAUCUAUAACCUGUGAAGCAGACUUUCUAAGCAAGUAUUAAUUAUCUGUUUUUUAAAAUUGAUUUUGCUGCACUCGGCAUAAUUUUGUGUUUUUUGAAGUUCUGGCUUCAAAAGUCCUGGCUUGAAGUCUGAUGAUGCUUUGUUUAAAUGCUAUAUUUUACAGAACAAACAAUGUCUGCUUCUUCUUUUGAGGUUGCCUCUGCCACUUGCAGUGAUACGAAGAUCUGUUUGACUAUGUUUUUAUAAUCAAAAUGAAGCAUUUUAUACAAA